AUGCAAUGUAUUUACUGUACAUAUGGUCAUGGUCAAUUCAGUGGUUGUCGAGUUGAGCACAAGCACAACACUACCGGCUUAGUCAACAUUAGACAGACACAUCAGAACUCAGAGUCCUGCCUCGAGCUUCAGUCUUCACUCACUCCUUCUCUCGUUGCCGGUAGUUGGUCCAAUCCCUCCAUGCCAGAUGUCGACGAGCGGCUCUGCUGCUAUUUCGAUGAGAACGGAAAACAAUGCAGUUGCAGGAUGUUUACCGCACCUGCCAACAAGAAUGCACGUUAUCACUGUCGUGAGUGCACGCAUGGUUUCAGUAAUCACCCGGAAGCACAAUUUAGCAACAAAUCCCCGAAAUUGACUAUGGAUGUAAAGGUAGAGCCUGCAACCGGCAACCGGCUUUUGGAUGUGUUCCAUCAACGGAAGACAUCUCGCACUAUGGAGUUGCCUAACUCCCUCCAGCAUGUGCGUGAAGAGCAGGAUGUUUUAGUUGGAACGUGGCUACUACUGAUCAAUGCAUUGGAUGAGUGUGUGCACACUGGUGCCAAUGCGGCCAAAUUCGCAUUCCGGCGGGACUGGACUCACGACGAUGUCGACAAGUACCUCAGAGAACACGUUUUCCCGCGUCCGAUGGAGUAUGCACUUAUGCACAAGAAGGGUAAAAGUAAGGCGAGCUGUUGUUGGAAACUCGCCUUCAAGGAGAAACAACGAUUCGGACUCGCAGUGACCGAGGACCUUCCGACUGGCCAGGAUCUAUUCUACUAUCGAGGACGGUUUAAAUGUGGCACAGAUUCGAGCAUAAUUAUAGGUAUGAGUUAUGCCUUCCACCUGUUAAACUACUAA